AUGUCCAUUGAUUUUCCGGCUGAGGAGGACAUUGUCCUCAAGAGGUGGAGAGAGAUCGACGCCUUUCGGAGACAGGUCGAGCUUUCCGAGGGCCGCAAGCCAUACACGUUUUACGAUGGCCCUCCGUUCGCAACCGGUCUCCCUCACUAUGGACACUUGCUUGCUUCGACUAUCAAGGAUGUCAUCCCGAGAUAUUGGUCUAUGAAGGGCCACUAUGUUGAGCGGCGAUUUGGCUGGGAUACCCACGGUGUUCCCAUUGAAUACGAAAUCGACAAGAAGCUGGGCAUGUCGGGUCUGGAGGCUGUCUCAAAGCUCGGAAUUGAGAAAUACAACGAGGAGUGCAGAGCUAUUGUAAUGAGAUAUGCUUCUGAAUGGCGUGAGACCAUUGAGAGACUUGGUCGUUGGAUUGACUUUGACAAUGACUACAAGACCAUGAACACUGGAUUUAUGGAGUCUGUCUGGUGGGUUUUCAAGGAGUUGUUUGACAAGGGACUCGUCUACCGCGGUUACCGUGUCAUGCCCUACUCGACUGCACUCAACACUCCUUUGAGUAACUUCGAAGCCCAACAGAAUUACAAGGAUGUCCAGGAUCCUGCUGUCGUUGUGUCCUUCCCUCUGAAGAGUGACCCCGAGACUUCCCUGCUUGCAUGGACGACUACACCGUGGACCCUGCCCUCCAACCUCGGUCUCUGUGUUAACCCCGGUUUUGAGUACAUCAAGAUUCACGACGAGGCCUCCGGAAAGAACUACAUUCUCCUCGAAUCCUUGCUUCGCACUAUCUACAAGGACCCUAAGAAGGCCAAAUUCAAGAUUGUCGACAGAUUCAAGGGAUCCGAUAUGAAGGACUGGAAGUACGAACCUCUCUUCGACUACUUCCUUGAAGAAUUCAAGGAUCAUGGAUUCCGUGUGUUGAACAGCGACUACGUCACAGCCGAUGAUGGUACUGGUAUCGUUCACCAAGCCCCUGCAUUCGGUGAGGACGAUUACAGAGUUGGCAUGGAGGGAGGUGUCAUUAGCGAAGAGCGCCUGCCACCCAACCCCGUUGACCCACAGGGCUGUUACACGGCUGAGGUCCGUGACUUCGUGGGACAGAACGUCAAAGCUGCCGACAAGGGAAUCAUCAAGCACCUGAAGGCAGCCGGUCGUCUGGUUGUUGACAGCCAGAUUACUCACAGUUACCCGUUCUGCUGGCGGUCCGACACACCUUUGAUCUACCGUGCCGUGCCUGCAUGGUUUGUUAAGAUCGGCCCCAUUAUUCCUACGAUGUUGCAGGGUAUUGAAGAGUCACACUGGGUGCCUUCUUUCGUUAAAGAAAGAAGAUUCUCGAGCUGGAUCCAGAACGCCCGAGACUGGAACAUUUCUCGAAACCGUUUCUGGGGUACCCCUCUGCCCUUGUGGGUUAGUGACGACUUCAAGGAGAUUGUUGCCAUUGGAAGCGCUGAGGAGCUCAAGGAGCUCAGCGGCUACGAAGGAGAGCUCAUCGAUCUCCACCGUGACAAGGUGGACAAGAUCACUAUCCCGAGCAAGCAAGGAAAGGGUGUCCUUCGCCGUGUGGAGGAGGUGUUUGACUGCUGGUUCGAAUCAGGAAGCAUGCCAUAUGCCUCACAACAUUACCCAUUCGAGAAUAAGGAACAGUUUGAGAAGAGCUUCCCUGGUGAUUUCAUCGCAGAGGGAUUGGACCAGACCCGUGGCUGGUUCUACACCCUGACUGUCCUGGGUACACAUCUGUUCGGCAAAUUGCCCUUUAAGAACUGCGUUGUGAACGGUAUUGUUCUUGCUGAAGAUGGAAAGAAGAUGUCCAAGAGAUUGAAGAACUACCCUGACCCAUCUCUUAUCAUGGACCGAUAUGGUUCCGACGCCUUGCGACUUUAUUUGAUCAACUCGCCUGUUGUUAGAGCCGAGCCACUCAGAUUCAAGGAAUCUGGUGUCAAGGAGAUCGUUGCUAAGGUCCUUCUCCCACUGUGGAACAGUUACAAGUUCUUCGAGGGCCAGGCUGCUCUUUUCAAGAAGACCGAGGGUACCGACUUUGUUUUCGACCCUAAGGCCGAAAAGACCAACACCAACGUCAUGGACCGUUGGAUCUUGGCAAGCUGCCAGAGUCUGCUCAAGUUUGUCAACGAAGAGAUGGCCGGAUACCGCCUGUACACUGUGGUUCCUCGUUUGCUCGAGCUGAUUGACAACACAACCAACUGGUACAUCCGAUUCAACCGAAAGCGUCUCAAGGGUGAGAACGGAGUUGACGAUACCGUUCAUGCCCUGAACACCCUCUUCGAGGUCCUUUUCACCCUGGUCAGAGGUCUUGCUCCAUUCACACCCUUCAUCACCGACACCAUUUACUUGCGACUCCUCUCCCAUAUCCCCGAGGCGCUCCGUGGUGAGGACAGCCGAAGUGUCCAUUUCCUUCCUUUCCCUGAAGUGCGCGACGAGCUCUUCGAUGAGGUCGUUGAGCGACGGGUGGCACGCAUGCAGAAGGUCAUUGAAUUGGCACGUAUCUCUCGUGAGCGUCGAUCUAUCGGUCUCAAGACUCCCUUGAAGACUCUGGUCGUCAUUCACCAAGACCAACAAUACUUGGAUGAUGUUAAGUCGCUGGAGGGUUACAUUCUCGAGGAAUUGAACGUACAUGACCUAGUCCUGUCCUCUGAUGAAGCCAAGUAUAACGUCCAGUACAGCGUCACUGCCGAUUGGCCCGUCCUUGGAAAGAAAUUGAAGAAAGACGUUCAGAAGGUUAAGAAGGCUUUGCCCUCGCUAUCCAGCGACGAUGUGAAGAAAUUUGUCUCUGAGAAGAAGAUUCUUGUUGAUGGCAUUGAGCUCGUCGAAGGUGACCUUGUGGUGAAGCGAGGCCUCAAGCAGGACUCCUCCUCCGAGGGCAUGGAGCCCAACACCGACGACGAUGCAUUGACCAUUCUUGACGCAAACAUGUACCCAGAAUUGGCUCAGCAGGGCUUGGGCCGAGAGAUCAUCAACCGGCUGCAGCGCCUCCGCAAGAAGGCCGGCUUGGUUCCCACAGAUGACGUGAAGAUGGAGUACUCGGUUCUCACUGACCCUGACAACGUUGGCAUUAAAGAGGCAUUUGAAUCGCAAGCGAAGGCCAUUGAAAAGGUUGUGCGCAGACCACUGGAUCAGCAUGAGCUUGUUGAUGGCAAGGUUCCCGCUGGGGAUGAAGAAGGCAUGAUCUUGCAGGAGGAGCAGGAAGUUCAGAAGGCUACCUUCCUCUUGAGAUUGCUCAAGUUGUAG